AGAAUCCAUGAGCAUUUGACUGGUGAAUUUUUGCCAACUGGUUGAAGAGUAAAGCAAAAAACUUAAAAAUAAAUUUCCCUUGUACUUUAAGUGUGGGCGUGUAGAAAAUGUAGCACCUUCAUCUACUUUUAAGCCAAGCCAUAUAGCCCACAAACCAUUCAUUUCCAAAACUAAACUUCCCAUAUAAAUUAAACCAAUGUCUUAUUGGAUUUAUACAAAUCAAUCAAUCUUCCAAACAGAAAAAAAAAAGGAACAAAUCAUGGAUAAAUUAUUCCUGGUUUCCUUCCUUGGUUUGCUGAUAGCAGCAUGUGGAGUAGCAGGAAACAUGCUAGAUGACAACUUUAACCUACUUAGAGAGGCUGAAGACCUGGACAUAGCAGAAGAUGAUGUGGAACUUUUUGAGAUCCCAUCUUGGACAAGUGAACGUGGUGGCAAGGUUCUUGUGAAUGUGGAUAGCUUUGGUGCAGUUGGAGAUGGAGUUUCUGAUGACACCCAGGCUUUUAGAAAAGCAUGGGAAACAGCAUGCUCUACUCCAAAAUCAGUUUUCUUGGUUCCUCCUGGACGCAGUUAUUUAGUUAAUGCUACGAAGUUUAAGGGGCCAUGUGCAGAUAAGUUAGUUGUUCAGAUCGAUGGAACAAUAGUAGCACCAGAUGAACCUAAGAACUGGGACCCAGAUCUUGCACGACUCUGGCUUGAUUUUUCUAAGCUGCACGGAGUGGCGUUCCAAGGAAACGGAGUUAUUGAUGGCUCUGGCGGCAAAUGGUGGGCAUCUUCUUGCAAAAAGAACAAGUCAAAUCCUUGCAGAGGGGCACCAACAGCACUGACUAUAGAUUCAAGCUCAUCUAUUAAGGUAAAAGGCCUUACCAUUCAGAACAGCCAACAGAUGAAUUUCGUCAUUUCCAAGUCUGAAUCUGUACGAGUAUAUGAAGUACGAGUCUCAUCUCCAGGAGACAGUCCAAACACUGAUGGGAUCCACAUAACUGGAUCAACUAAUGUUGUUCUUCAAGACUGCAAAAUAGGAACAGGGGAUGAUUGCAUCUCAAUUGUCAAUGCUUCAUCUGCUAUCAAGAUGAAGAGAAUAUAUUGUGGACCAGGACAUGGAGUCAGCAUUGGAAGCCUUGGGAAGGAUAACUCCAUGGGCAUUGUUACGAAGGUGGUCUUGGAUACAGCAUUUCUAAGGGAGACUAGCAAUGGGGUCAGGAUUAAAACUUGGCAGGGUGGUUCCGGUUAUGUUCGUGGGGUGCGUUUCGAAAAUGUGAGGAUGGAAGAUGUUGCCAACCCCAUCAUUAUUGAUCAAUUCUACUGCGAUUCACCAACAACCUGCCAAAACCAGACAUCAGCAGUGCAAAUAAGCCAGAUUAUGUACCGAAACAUUAGUGGGAUAACAAAAAGCACAGAAGCAAUGAAGUUUGCCUGCAGUGAUACUGUUCCCUGCCUCAAUAUAGUGCUGAGCAAUAUAAACUUAGAGAAAAAGGAUGGCACGGUGGAGACCUACUGCAACUCCGCCCAAGGCUUUGGCUAUGGUGUCGUGCAUCCUUCAGCUGACUGCCUAAGUUCCCACGACAAAGGCUCUAUUCUUAUUGAUCAGAAAGAAAAUGCGGAGCUUGUUGAACCCACCAGAGAUCAUAUUGCUCACACAGAACUCUAAGCUCCCUAUAGGCAUAUAAAUAACGAUGUCAUAGUAUUACUACACCAAGAGUAACAUAACUAGAGCAGCAGAGGUCCGAGGAGGUUUGAGGCACAAGUUAAAUUUUAUGGGAAGUUGCGGAUGUCAUUGAUGUUUUAUGCACAAACUGCAUUGAAACUUAUCCAGACAAUUUCAAGGAUAUUUAAGAUGCGGUUAAUAUACCUAUUCAUAUUAAAGAAGAAAAAACAAUUUAA